AAGUUCCAACGACAACAAAAUUCCUGAAUUGAAUUUCACUUCCUCCAGAAGUCACGCUCUUUCUCUCCACUCUGCAUCCUACAGAAAGACUCGCCACCAUCACUCUCAUUCCCUUCUCUUCUGCAAUUCAGAAUCAAAUUUCUUCGACUAAUUGAACAGCGGAAUAGCAACAUUUUCAGUUUCAAAAUUUCAGAAUUGCAAUUCAAAGGCGAAGGAAUUCGCAAACGAACAAUUGACGAAGAUCAUUGGAAAUUGAAUCAUUUGGGUUAAUUAUCGUCGUCAAUCGAAGUCUUAGGACAUGAGUACUCCGGCAUUUUCUGGAGGUGGGGGAUUGUUUACAGGGUUUACACAGCUGUGUAAAGGGCUUGCAGUGGUGCUUGUCGGUGGCCACAUUGUAGUUCAGCUUUUACCUCUGGCCGUCACUUAUCUCGCUCUUAUUCCUGCAAGGACAAUUCCUUUUGCGUGGAAUCUCCUAACAGCUGGUUACAUUGAACAGACAACAUAUGGGGCGGCGAUUAGUAUAUUUGCUCUACUUUUCAUUGGAAAGCUGCUUGAACCCAUUUGGGGUUCUAAGGAAUUUGUGAAGUUCAUCCUUGUUGUCAACUUUCUUACUUACGUCUGUGUCUUCAUCACGGCAAUUGCUUUUUACUAUGCAACAAGGCUGGAAAUUUACCUCUAUAUGCCAAUCUCUGGCUUCCAUGGAGUGCUUUCAGGGUUUCUGGUUGGUAUCAAGCAAAUCAUCCCCGAUCAGGAGCUUUCUGUAUUUGGAAUUGCAAAAAUUAAAGCUAAGUGGCUACCAUCUAUCAUGAUUCUUCUGUCCGUCACUGCAAGCUUUUUCUUGGCAGAUUCGGCAGCAUACCUUCCCAUGAUAAUCUUUGGUACAUAUAUGAGCUGGAUCUACCUAAGAUACUUGCAGAGAAGAUCAGAAACUAACUUCAGGGGUGACCCAAGUGAUGAGUUUGCAUUUGCCACUUUCUUCCCAGAAUUUUUAAGACCAGUGGUUAAUCCUAUUUCAACAAUUUUCCAUCGGAUGUUCUGUGGAAGGUCUGAUAUUUCUAAUGAGGGAAAUGGUUAUGAUCUGGGAGGGAUCCCACUUCCAGGCUCUGAUUCGAUUGAGGCUUCAAGACGAAGAGAAAGAGGUGCUCGGGCUCUCGAGGAAAGGUUAGCAACAGAAAGGUUGGUUGGUGCAACAACCGUAGAUGGACAACAUAUAGAUGCCUCUGAGGAAGUCUGAAUCUUAACUCUGCUACAGCGCUUAACCUACUGUUGGUCUAUUAAGCGGUGCGAGUCGCUCCAUUUUCAAGAAUUAGCUAAAUGAUUGUUGCAUAUAUAAGGGAGGUGUAUUCCUUAAUUUUGUAGAAGUGAAAAUUUGGUAUUUGUUUGACCUUUGAACUCUUGAUACAAUACAAUCUUUUAAUAGUAAUACUUGUUGAUAUCAAA